UUCCUGAAUGGUCGGGCAAAAACACAGCUGGUCUAUGAUCUCCGAAGCAAGCUGACGGUUGAACGCUAUCAAUGUGAUUUUCGUGAAAUUCUUACCGAUCUACCGGUCAGAUCGUGAGGUCAAGACAGGCGUGCGUGAAAAUUUGUUCAGUGCUCGAUUUAUAGUGUUAGUGAGUGUGUUUAGAUGUAUGCAAAACUUGUUAAUCGCGGUGUCACCACGAGGAUUUUUCACUGCCCUGGAUACAAAGGAGUUUCGUGAGGUGCUUCGAGCGUCCUUUCGGCAAGCACGGAAGCACUCGGCGAAAAAUGUGGACGGUGGAUCCGUAAUUCAAGGAUUUUGGUAGGAAGGAAGCCGAGGGACGCGAAGAAGCGGUGGAGGAGAAGGAAGAAAUGGCGUCCACGAGCGGGCACAAGAGGAACGGCUCGAGUUCGAGCAUGUUCACCCACAAACGAACCGAGUCAGGCGGCGGCUUUAUCGGCCACAAACGCUCCGAGAGCGGUCACAAACGUGCCGAGAGCAUAUCCAGUGCCUUUGGCCACAAACGAUCCGAGAGUGGCCACAAGAGGAACGAGAGCAGCGGAGGUGGUUUCGGCCACAAAAGGUCCGAAUCUGGUAGCAAUUAUCAUGCUGGGCAUCGAAGGAACGAAAGCAUGUAUGCUAUGACUGGUCUGUACGCUGAGAGCGCGACCACGGGAACCGACGAGACCACAGACCCACUGCAAGCAACCGGUAGCAGACUGACUCAUGACACCGUCAUCAGGUGUCACAGUAGAAAUCCCAGUUCUGGCCUCGUGGACCAUAGAGAUUUUAUCAUCAAAUGUCACAGCAGGAAUCCCAGUGCUUCCAUGGUGGACAGGACGGAGAAGGAGAGAGCGCAAACCCCACCGUUUAAUCCGGAUUCGAAGGACUGUGGAAUCCUGAGCUGCAGACCGGCCUUUAUACAAAGAUUCGCUGGAAUAAAGGUGUUUGUGUUCCUUCUAUCGUUUCUCGUCACAUUGCAACAAGCACUUAGUUCAGGUUACAUAAAUUCUGUGAUCACAACCAUAGAGAAAAGGUUCGAAAUCCCGUCCAGCCUUUCAGGCGUCAUUGCUAGCUCCUAUGAAAUUGGAAAUGUCAUCACUGUCAUCUUCGUCAGCUAUCUUGGUAGCCGAAGACACAUACCUGUUUGGAUAGCGAUUGGCGCUGUCAUAAUGGGAUUGGGAUCGAUGAUCUUUAUGGUGCCACACUUCACAGCCGAGCCCAAUUUAAUGACGGCUGUGAAUAACUCUAGCUCAGACAACAUUUGUCGUGGAAUUUCGUUACGCGAACAAGACAUGGGCUUGGGUCGCCUUUCAUCUGGAUUAUCAUCUCCACCCUUAGCACCACAUAAUAAUUUAAGAGGUGAUAAUUGCAUUCAAGGAUCUCCAUCUACUGCUGGUCCUGUUAUGUUAUUUGUACUUGCUCAGUUAUUAUUAGGCUGUGGUGGUUCUCCUUUAUUUACUCUUGGUACUACAUAUAUAGAUGAUCAUGUACGACCAGAAAGUGCUUCUUUGUAUAUUGGUUGCAUGUAUAGUAUGGCAGCUUUUGGACCAGUUUUAGGUUUUCUUCUUGGAGCUUAUCUAUUAUCAUUUCAUAUGGAUUCAUUUUCUGGAACAAUUAUCAGUAUAGAUCCAGGUGAUCACAGAUGGGUAGGCAUGUGGUGGGGUGGGUUUUUACUCUGUGGCUUACUCCUAAUUUUAGUGGCAAUUCCUUUCUUCAGUUUUCCAAAAACUUUACAACGGGAGAAAGAAAAAAUACGUAUAAUUGAAAAAAAUAAAUCGUCGUCACAGAAAGAGAAAGAGCAAUGCAAAGAACCAAAAAAAGAAAAACUUGAUGAUAGUGGUUAUGGAAAAGAUGUGAAAGAUAUCCCUAGGAGUAUGUGGAGACUGGUAUGUAAUCCAGUGUAUGUAGUGACGUGUUUAGGAGCUUGUAUGGAAUUAGUGAUUGUUUCUGGAUUCGUGGUUUUCUUGCCAAAAUAUUUGGAGACACAGUUCAGCCUAGGAAAGAGUCAAGCUAGUGUAUUCACCGGCUCUAUAGCGAUACCAGGUGCCUGCAUCGGAAUCUUUUUUGGCGGAUGUUUGCUCAAACGUUUAGAAUUAAGACCGAAAGGUGCAGUUCAGUUCGUUCUUGUCUCGAACAUGAUAUGCCUGGUGUGCUAUGGUCUCCUUUUUUUCCUCGGUUGUGACAAUGUAAAAAUGGCUGGGACCACUAUACCAUAUUUUAACAGCAGUACAAAGGGCCCUGAACCCUUUCAAGUAAAUCUCACUGCCGCAUGUAACUUCGGUUGCGAAUGUCGAAUGACAGAUGUGGAACCAGUCUGUGGAAACAACGGUCUCACAUAUUUUAGUCCUUGUCAUGCAGGUUGCACUGCCUUCAGUUCCAAAUCAAAUUUCACUAAUUGUGCAUGUAUACACGGAAAUUUAACAAUGUUACCUCCAGCAGCACCAGAAUUUGCAGAGGUAACAGUAGUACCAGUAGCUACUGCAGGUCCGUGCACUUCGCCAUGUAGGACUAUAUUUCCAUUUUUAAUUUUACUUUUUUUUAUGACAUUUAUUGUUGCCAUCACUCAAAUGCCUCUAUUAAUGAUAGUAUUACGGUCAGUUUCAGAAGAGGAAAGAUCGUUUGCUUUAGGCAUGCAAUUUGUAAUCUUUCGACUAUUUGGUUAUAUACCUGCUCCUAUUUUAUUUGGUAAUUUAAUUGACUCUACAUGCUUACUUUGGAAAAGCACUUGUGGAGAAAAAGGUGGAAGAUGUUUACUUUAUGACAUUGAACAAUUUAGAUACAGAUAUGUUGGACUUUGUGCUGGCAUUAAGAUUUUAGCUUUGGCAUUGUUCCUUAUUGACUGGUGGUUGGUUAGGAGGAGAAGACAAAUGGAAGAUCAUGCACCAUCUCUCACUGUCAACGAAUUUGUAGGGUCAAUUAUCAGCCUUGAUAAACUAUUCGAAGAAAAACCUCAUAAUCAUAACAUAGGAGAAGGAGAUGGCACUUCUCCAAAUUCUGAAUUGCCCACGCCAUCGUCAAUUUCGUCGCCCACAGAGCCUACGAAAUCGACAAACUUAGAAGAUACUGGCUCAUCGAAUCAGACUCAAGAUUCGACAGAGACAGGUCAUCGUUCGAAAAAUACAAUGGACGUCGAUGUUCCCGAUACAAGGCAAGCGCCUCUUGCUAUGGAAGAACCGGAUACGGAAGUGAAACCGUUUACCGGUAAAUCAGAUAAGCAUAUACGGAACGUUUAAUGUUUAACUCAUACUAGAGGCUAUGUAAUUGAAUUAUAUCAAAAAGGUGAUAAUGUAAGUCUGUGGCAAAUUGUUUUGAAGUCACAGGUAAUUCAAUAUACAUAGAGAAAGAGAUAUAAUAUGUACAAUGUACGUGCAUUAUUGAUUUGUGCAAUCCUAAAAAAAAAGUAAAUGAAGAGAAAUGUUAUGAAUGGCUUUAAAUAAAAGAAAGAAGGUAAUCUGUAUACAUAUAUAUAUAUAUGGUGCUAAUAUACUUUUUUAAAAAAAUCGAGAGACAAAGAAUUAUCUUAUAUCGUUCCGUAUAUCGUCGGGUAUAAAAUUUAAAUUGUGUUGAAGAUAUAAGUAAAUUUUACACAGAUACAUAACAUACAUUUGCACACAUUAUAUAUUCUUACAUACAGGCGAGUCAAAAAUAUUUUUACAAUGGUUAUAUUUGCGUGAAGAAUAUCGUUUAUGAUACGAAAUAAUUUGCCACAGGUUUGUCUCGAUUGUUUGGCUAUUUUUUAGGAAUUAAUAUCACUAGAAUGUACAUUUUUACGGUGAUGCGAUAUAUAUGUCAAUAAUAGGAAUCUAAUAGGUGAAAAAAAAUAUUUAGACUCGUUUCAGACAGACAUCUUGUAACUUGAUUUCAAAGAUUUUCUUUGUCUGAAACGAGAUUUUUUUGCCGUUAGGAAACGAGCCUUGCGUGGUUAAAAAGAAAGGAAAAAAAAGGAAGAAAGGCCAAUAAGGACAAAACUGUAAAUAUAAAAAUUCCUGCCUUAAGAAAUACAAGACUAGACAAACAUAUAUUUAAAGAUAAUUAAAUGAUAGAGUUAAUGAUCUAUAAUGAAUAAUAUCAUUAUAAUUGCAGAUUGAGAGCUGCGAUUUAUUUUAUAACUAGUGAUUAGGCUUUCUCAGAAAUAAAAAAAAAGUAGUCAAUUUAACUUAGUGAUGUAAAGAAAAAUAACAAAUGGAUUAAAAAUCCAUAGCGUUGACUUGUUUAUAAAAAUUAUUUUAACAUUUUGCAAUAGUUUUAUUCCUUUCUUUUUCUUUUUUGCAAAAAAAAAAAAUACUCUCUUAUGCAAAAAAAAAAUCACGCUUUUAACAAGGCGGCACUUUGAUCUCUGAUGUUUUUUCUUCUAAAUAUUAUUAUAUCGAUAAUGCAAUAUUUUAAGAGCUUUCAAAAACAAUCUUAGCAUUAAUUUAAAAAGAAAAAGAAAACAAAAUAAAAAAGAAGACGCGAUUUUUUUCGUUAUAACUUGUGCGUUACUUCUUAUCAUAUUCUAUAGAAUGAAUUAUAUAAAAUGAAUUAUGCUUCCAAGCAAUGAAAAAAAAACAAAAAACUUAUAAAUUUUCGGUUAACGAAUAUUAAUGAGAUAAAAUGGUUGGUUAAUUGGGAUUAAUUAUAUAACAUUGAAAUAUGUCUUGAACAAGUUCUGGCUUAUUAAAUACAGUUUGCUCACUUGUUGUUAGGGAGAAAUCUACUUGUUUUGUACCUGAAAGCAUCUCUUAUCCAAUUUCGAUAUAACAAAAGAAAAAAAAGAGAUAAGUGCAAAAAAACAAAAAGAAAGAAAGAAGUAUAUAAAAUUUACUCAGGAAAAGAAAUUUUAUAGAGUGUUAAAAGUUCUUUUGACACAAUCGACAAAAAGCUAUAAAUAAUAAUGAAUAUCUCAGUGCAAAAUUAACGAAAUUUUAGCCUAAGAAAUUAAAAAAAAAAAAAAAAAAAAGAAGGAUAUAAAAUUACUCAUCUCAAGCUCAAUUUCUUUUAAAAAAUGAUGAUACAAGAGGAAAAAAAAAUUAAUUAAGAAGAUUUUACCGAAAAACGUUUUAAUAAAUAACAAUAUUAUUAUAGGGACAACAAUGCUGUUUGCACGAAUCUAUUAUUUAAAACUAUCUUUUCCUAUCGCUUCGGGUACGAAACCGUUUUAUACAUACUUCUAUAAAAUUCAAAUUAAAAAUGAAAAUAACAAAAGAUAUAAUGUUAAUUUUACACAAUCUCAGAAAAAAAAUAAGAUAAAAAAAUAUCAAUAUUAUUAUGAUAACAUCUUUAUUUUAUUUACUUACGUUAAUGCAAACAUACUUACCUAUGUAUGAUAUAUCUCGCACGCUGUUUGGCCCGUCACUGUCAAUUUUUCAAAGUGUAGUUACACACUAUCCCUAUACAUAUAUACAUAUACACACAUAUUAUAUUUUAGAGGCAAUUUUGAUGUUUGUGAAUUGUUUGAACCAUUCGACGAAUUCGAUCGUUUGAAAUGUUCUUGAGGCCGUGAUGAUCUCUCUCCUAACUAACGAUUAAUUAUUGCGAAGCAUUUACGUAUUAACUAUACCUACUUUGUGAUAUAAAUCUUUGUAUCGAACGAUGGUGUUUGUCGAAUGGAUUUCUGGUAUACAUGAGAAAUACAAAACAAAAAGGAAAAAAGUGCUGUGAAUAGAAAGAAAUUAAAAAGAUGAAUAAGAAAAAGAAGGAACAGAAGAAAAAUAUAAAGACAAAAAGGUUAGGAAAAGGAACAAGUUACACAGGUAAAAUCAAAUUCAAUUCAAUUUCACGUUUCAUCAAGAAUGAUAAAUAAGAAUUUGUUGACAGGAAGAAAUUAAUGAUUACAUCCACCAAAAUAACUACAAUUGUACAUAAAGAAUUAUAAUAGUUAAAACGAUUUAUAAUGAGCAAUCAAGAAAAAAGGAAACUACAUGAUUAUGUGUAUUAUAAUUAUAUAUAUAUAAAUAUAUACGAUUAAUAGAAUUUUAUGGUGAUCGCUAUCGAUGCGAUAAUGUUCUGUUUCUAAUAAAAUGCGUCGUUUUGUACGAUUUGUGGCAAAAAUAUUUAUGAAAGAAACGAACAAUUAUGAGCGCGUGACCCGCACAAUUUUUCCAUCGUGUUACUUAAAUAUUUUUACAAAAGCCUUUCUCGCAUAUUAUUUUUAUGACGAAUCUUGUAUUCUUAGAUUUUUUUUUGUUUUCUUUUGAUUGAUUGUUUAACUCCUUGCCUUUUUAUUCUUUCAAACACACUAUAUAUUAAAGUUUAGUCAUAAUUAUCAUUUCUUUAAAAAGUUCUUCAAAAAAACUAAUAUUAGAAAUAUUAAAUCUGUUUUGAUUACUAGAUUUUUAUAAAAAAUAUGCAGGUUUCAAAAAAAUUAAUGUUUGUAUUCAAAUUAUAAUUUUUAUACAAUAUAAAUUAUUUUCGCUGUAUUGGUUUUAUAUUUUUUAUUAUUUUAAAAUAUCAAAAUAUUUUAAAUCUAAAAUAUAUUAUGUUAAAAUAAAUAGAGAACAACUAUUCCUUGAAGAUCUUAGAUAAUUUAUUCAAAAAUUAAACAAAAGAUUACUUAUGACUAGACUGCAAAUAUAUAUGUAGAUUUACAUUUUUAUGAACAUAGUUAAAGUGAUAAUAAAUGAAAUUUAAUUAAUAAUUUAUAUUGUUUUAUAAAUAUUACAAUAAUUUAUUUUGAAAAUUUUAGAUAUUUUUGUAUAUUAUUUAUAUUCUAUAUAUUUUUGACAACAUUAUAUAUUUAUUUAUGAUUUUAGAUUUUAAACACUCAUUAUUUUAUAAUAACCUUAAUUACUUUAUUUUCUUUACUUUAACGUGCACAUUCAGUAAUAUUCGAAUAUAGAAUAGUACUAAAAUAUUUUAAAAAGAAUAAUUACAUUAACAUAACCUAUAUUAUAUCUACCUUGUUUCAGAUUUUUUUCAACAUUAUUAUAGGAUUUUAUAUUCAAGAGUUAAUAUUAUAUUUAUAAUCAAAUAUAAUUUGGAAUUAAAUUAAAUUAAAUAUAUAAAUAUAAAAUUAAGAUUUAAAUUAAAUAUAAGUUCAAUAUAAUUCGAUAUUAUAAGGCAAGGAGUUGAAAAUUAAUUUCGAUAUUUUUAUUAUAAAUUUGAUUUAUCAUCUCAAAAAUUAUUUCCCGUUAUAUUAUACUGUCAUUAUUAUUAUUAUUGUCGUCAUAAUAAUCAUUGCGCUUUUUAUUAUCUAUUACUAAUAUAUUCAUCGUUAGUUUAUAGUGUAUGUUUAUUUUGUAACAAAUGUUUUUUUUAAUCGAUUAAUUGGUACUAUUAUAUUUACUGUAUGUAACACAUUCCCAAGCUAUAUACUUUAUUAGAAAGAAAAUUAAACAAUGAGAGAGAGAAAAAUAGAAGUCAUAGAGGAUGGAAGUGUUUUAAGUAUUAGGUAGGAAGUUCUAACGCUAGCGAUCAAGAAUUAAAUUAAAAAAAAAAAGAAUGUUGUGUAUAUAAAUAUUAAAUCUAUUAUAACGAUUAAUAUAAACUGCUUAUAGAUGUAAUGUAUUUUUUGUAGGGACCAUAAUGUAUAAGCAGAACAAUACGAAGAUGUUUCUUGUAUUUUUAUCAUUUUUUUUUUCUCUUUUUCUUUUCUUUUGUUUCUUCAAACGAUUGUUAAAUGGUGAUACGAGUGAGUCGAGUUAGUUAAAAUUUGUAAAAAUUGAAAUUAAAAAAGAAAAAGAGAAAAAAGCAAUAUACAUUUGCUUGAGAAAGGAAAGAACGAAGAAGGAUUUUUGUGAAUUAUAUUAUAGUUUCAGAAAUAUAAUUAUAAAAGCUCAUGAAGAAUAUAUAAAAUAUAGUGGUAUAUCUAUGUGAUUUCGAAUUACAAUCGAAUCUCGACAGCUCGAAUUUCAAGGCUAGAACUAAUACUCAAAUUAUGGAGAUUUCUUAUUAAAAUUUUUCAGUAAAAUAGAUAAAAAUUUUACAUGCAGAAAUAUUGUACAAGAAUUAAUAUUUUUCCAAUUGUAAAGAAAGAAGAAUUCGUAAGUAUUAUUUUUUAUUUUCAAUCAUUCGAGAUAAUUAUCGAUUACUGAUAAAUGAUAUAUAAUUAUUUUAGGUUGUGAAGAUAUCGCUGAUAAAAGUUUGUUAAGUUACAAACAUAAAUUAACUGUUUACAGGAAUUGUUCAGUAUCAAAUAAAUAAAAAAUAAUCCAACCAAUAAAAAAAUAAAGUUCUCGAGUUAUAAAGAUUCGACUGUAUUUCAAGAUAAUGAGAAUGUUAAUCAAGAAUGAGUUUAAAUCCGUUCACUGGAUGAAUAGAAAAUUGUAAAGCUCACAAAAAAGAUUUUGUUGAAUGUUAUGUGAUGUUUUUAUGGUGAAUAGAAUCUUUUCUGAGAGCUUGAUGACAAAUGGGAAAGAGAAAGUGAGAAGAAAUAGUAUGUUUGAAUUAAUUGGCUGUUGAAGGCUAAUAAAAAGAAAAUUAUAUAAUUUGUUUAACUUAUUACAUUAUUUUUUUUAUACUCUAUAUUUUUUUUUUAUAAUUUAUUUUAAUAAUAUAAAACAACAUUUUUAUAUUUCAUAAUAUUCAUAAAUAAUUUUAUUCAUUCAUCAUCUUAAAACUUUUUAACAAUAGAUUUAUAAAAUUGUGUAAUGUUAUUUAGUAGGAAAAUAUGCAAUCAUAUUUUUUUAUAUGUUCUUUAAUAUUUAUUAAAGAAUAUAAUUUAUUAACAUGUUAUUAAAUAAAAAAAAUAUUUUUUAAAUCAAAAUCACUAAUGAUAUUAAAAGAGAAAAAUUGAUAGUAUAUAUUAGUAAAAAAAUGGUCUUGAGCAGCCAAUUGAUCUCAAUCAAACUAUAUUCAGAAAUAGAGUACCAGAAAUUAUGAAAGAAAGUAGAAAAAAGAAUUAUAUAUCUACAACUGUGAAAAAAAUGGUCUCGAGGUAGUAAAAAUAUUUAAUUAAUACAGCAUGUGAUUUUUAAAAGCAAUUUAGUCCAAUUUCAACAGUUUGUAUUUGUUAAUGCCAUAUCAAUUCAUAGAACAUAUACAUACAUACAUUAUAUACGUGCACACAAAUACUCAUGUUACUUUGUUAUUAUUAUUACAUUAUUAUACUUGAUAUCACACAUGAAAAAAGUUGCUUAAUUUAGCCGCGCAAUAAGCAAAAUUAUUUAAUUCAUAUAUUCGGCCAUAAGAAAGAAAUAUGUCAAAAAUCGCCAUUUUGAUAUGCUAAUUAUAAUGGAAAAAAUAAUUUCAAUGUGGUCCCGGUUUCAUUAUCGCGAAAACAGUGUUAAAACACUUGAAGUAAUAUUGCCUUAAAAAAAGAAAGAUUAAAAAAAAAAACAAAUAAUUCAUAAGGAACGUUCUGAUAAUGGUACAAGUGGUAAAAGGUAAUCAAUGAAUGAUGAAGAAUGAUCGUAAUUUGCAGAGACAGAGAUAUAUAUAUAUAUAUAAAAUAAAUAAAUAUAUAUAUAAAAUAAUAUUAGAUAUAUAAGAAAAAUCUCGUAUUGUCAAAAAUGAUUUAUCGUUUCCUCGAAUAUUAUAUAUAAAUAUAUAUAAAUAUAUAUUUAUAUAUAUAUAUAUAUAUAUAUAUAUACAUAAUUUUAAAUCCCUUAUGAUACAUAUAGAGAAGAAUAUAUCGUGCGUGCGCGGUUGAAAAAUACUGUUUUUUCUUAAAAUGAACUUUCUGUUUUCAUAUCAAUCACAGAAUCUCUUCCUUAGAUAUGGAAUAAAUAUCUAUCGAUCAUGAAUAUAUAGAAUUUCGAAUAAUUUCGUUUUACGUUUCACUAGAAGAUGAAAAGACACCGAUAAGUGGAAAAUUAAUUAUUAUCAGAAAUCGUCUUUUUCUCCAAUUGUCGAAACGUAACAUUUUUUUUCUUCUUUCAGAAAUAAGGCACAAACAAUGUAUUUACAAUGAAUAAAUGUUUUGAAAACUGUUAAAAUAAUACUUAUUUAUUUUUUCAAGUAUGAAAUUUUUUAAUUUAUUUUUAAAUUAUUUUACAUUGUAUCUUCAUUUUGUGUCAUUAUAUUAAUUAUUCUAUUUUUUUAUUUCAUUUUUAAAUAUCAAAUAUUUACAUAAUUCAAUAGAAAUUUAUUUUUAGAAUUAUAAAUCAAUAUUAUUUCAUAAAAGUAUUCAGAGCUAUUUUAUUUAAUGACUUUUUAUCUAAUAUUAAUCUUGCAAAAAAUAAUCUGCAAUUAUCAGUAAAACAUUGCAUGACAUUCUAAUUGAUAAAUAAUAUUUUUUUAUAAUUAGAUUUCUAUUUAAUAAAAGAUUAUGUAUAUAAAAUCAGUUUGAUAAUUUGUUUAAUAUUCAAUCAAAAAAUGAUAUUAAUUUUGUCUAAUCAAUAACAAUUAUUAAAUUUCAGAUGCACGAGUCGAUAAAAAAGAAAACAAAAUCAAGAUAAUCUUUCAUACCAUUGUUAGGCGGUAAAUUAACAAACGUAUCAUAUAAACAUUUGAAUGUAGCGCCAUAUAGUCAGCCAACCAAUCGCGUGGUAGAACUGCUGAGGCCACCUUGCGGCCUUCUUCCGCCAUUUCCGUCAGUUGUCCACAAGCUUUUCUGGCGUGCGGACGUACGUGAGUAUUCGGCGUGUUCUGUCACCUACGGAAUCGCGUUUUCGCUAACGAACGCCCCACCGUACCUUCCAUAUUCAAUGUGUAUGGCGAUUCAGAUAUCUGCUGCAUAUAAUAUUAACCAUCGACUGUGUAAAACAAGAUAGUAUAAUUGAUAGAAUAGGAAAAGGGAGAUAUCGAUGGAUGUCGGUCAGAAGUUACUCAUGCCCAAGCGAACGGGAUCUCUUUAAAAAAAGAACGUACGUGUAUUAGUCAGCGGCGAUAGAGAAGAACUUGUUUGCUUUAAAGCAAGUUUUACUAGAAAAACAGCUUGCCAUGUUAGUCAUCCGAGAUGAUAUUGGAAUUCCAGAACCGUGAAUUUAAAGACAGUUAAAAUCGGAGGAUGGAUCACGAAAAUGUCGGAAAUAGCGUGAAAGGGAGCUUAGUGGACGAAACGAGAGACGAUGGAGAAGAAUUCGUCACAGAGGGGACACGUGUUGGGGCAAGUUCAGUUCCUGGAAUUGGUCAGAUUUUUCUGGAUUCUGGCUUACGUGUAAAAGUACAACCAAACGUACACCGAUGGACUCCUUCGUUUCCCAAAAAUCUUUUCGAUUUUACUUUUCACGAGUCAACACUGAAAAAAUUAACACUAUACUGAUCCUCCCCGAGUGACAACUGAACUAAUCGAUUCUCUCUUCGACAGAGCUACGAGUUUCUUCGCUCCUUGUCCUCCUCGAAAAAGAGGGGAACGGGUUGGGAGGAAAGGAAGGAAAGGAGAGGAAAAAGAGGUGAAUUUUCGUGCGAUACACGCGAAAAACGCAACACGCGUGCAAACACGGCGCGCGUUUUAUUCGCGCGCGUAACGAGCUCCUAUGUAUCGGCAACAAAGAACAAUGGCCGGAGAUGAGGAACAAAGGGAACGUUUAGAAAACACUCGCGAAACAAUCGAGUGAAUGCCGAUCGAUCGUACGCGUCACUCGCAACCCCGUUUAUACACCGGCUCUCCUGCCUCUCUCCCUUUGCUACUCACGGUUUCGAGCGAGAAAAAGGGAGAAAUUCAUGAGUGGAAAAUAGUUGGUGUUGGAAUACCGGAAGUUGAUUCCUUUCGAAAAGUAUUUCUUUGGGGAAAUACUUUGUCGAUUCGGAGAAAGGGGACAAUGGAAAUGGGUUUCGCUCGUUGAACAUAAAUUUUGAUGGUUUUUUACGAUCGAAAGAGGAGGGGUUUUUUGGUAGUAUUAUUGGAUACGAAGAGAUGAAUAAUAUUGAAUAAUUUUUGUGUUUUUUUUUUUGAAAGAAAAAUAUUUGUUGUAAUAUAUAUUAGUACCGCAUGUGAUUAGAUACUUAUAGGUAGUUUUUCUCGAUUGAUUGUAAUAUUGGAUGAUAGUUUUUGUUCAUUAAUAUUAUUUUAAGUAGUUGUAGAAUUUCAAUUUAGGAAGUUAUUGUAAAAUUAUAUUGAAUUUUAUUUUUAUGGAAACUCGAUAGACUUUUUAUAAAAAAAUUGGAUUAAUUAUUUGACCAAUAUAAUCGAAAUAAAAAAGAUUGAAAAAUUGUAUGGCACGUUUAAGAUUUUUAUUCUCGUAUUGCGCAGAAAUACGAAAUGGUAAAUUCGGAGACUUUUUGUUCGUGUUUAAUAUUUGGAAAUAAAUUGGGGAAUUAUUUGUGUAAAUUUUUCAUUUGGACUUUGAAAGUUUUUUUUUUUUUUAUUUGAAAUUAAAAUUUCUUUUAAACGAAUACGUUCAUUAGCAUUGUUCGUUGCUCCAUUUUGGAAAAAUAACAAGGUCGGUAAAAAAUUAAAUAGAAGAAUAGAAAUGGAAUAGGUUUCUCCUUUUUAUUAUCAAUCGUUCAUUGUACGAUGCUUUUUAUUUCAAUCCUCGUGAAACUAGUUAGCAUAAAAUAAGGCAGAAAAGCGGGUCAAGGUUGUUGAUCGAUUGUUACGGAAUAACUGCAUGCAGAAAAAAACUCGAUUAUCAUUCAAAGAAAACUCAGCAAUGUGAUUAGGUAUUAAACUUUCUUAAAAUAAUUUUAUCUUUGGACACAAGAUAAAAUUGUCGAUUCUCACAUAUAUAUUUUUAAUUGUGAUUAUUAUAUUCACAUAUAAAAAUUAUAUAUCCAUCCUCUUAAUACAUCUCAAGCUCAAAUUUCCAUAAUUCCUAAUUAAUUAUAAUAUAUUCAAAUACCUGGACAUAUCACAUAUCUUUAAUUGUAAAGUUCUCAAUCUUUUCGUGUUUAUUUCUCACAUUGUAUUCAAAAGCUUUUAUCAUUUUGCACUUUUUAUUCAUAUUUCAAUUAUAGAAUUCUUUUAAACGCAAGAAUAGGAAGGAAUAGAUUACAACGAUCCUUUGCAUGAUCCAAUCCAAAAUCUAAUAAUACCUAAAUCAUUUCUAAAUAAAAAUUGUUAUAAAAGACAUGGAAAUCGUAAUACAAAUUAAUUAUUCGUUCCAUUUAAGUGAAUUAAGAAAAAGGUUAUUAUCAAUCAUCAUCGACAAUCGAAUGAAAACGUUUCGAUCCGAUUUCACGAUGAUUGGAAGCCAAUCUUCCGGCAAAUUCGUUGCACCUUAUGCACAUUCUUGUUCACCAAUCGAUCAGCCACGAUACCUGAUAACAGUGUUCAGUAACGCCUACAAUUUGCUGGAUCGAGGCCUCGCUUACCAUUUCCUGUUAUGUAAAUUGCAUUACAUUAUAUAACGGUGAACGAUCGGAACAGGAAGCAAGGAGUGGCUAACGCACAACGCGAUGCUAAUACGAGAACUGCUAUCCUCGUCGCUCAUUAACCGCAAUCGUCUAUCAUUGCGAUAAAACACGCUCGGCUUUUGCGCGUAUCUGUGCUAUGCACGCGUGUUGAAACAACCGCUUUGGAUUUGUAUCGGGACAAGGAUAUCUCGUCGCGCGAAUUUCUCGAUUCGUUUCAUGAAAAUAUUUUAUACGUCAAUAUUCGAUAAGCAAAAUUCGUUGCUUGAAAUUCGUUAUCGUUCGUCUUAUCCCGAUAAGAAGGGUGCAUACGUAAAAAUAAAAAUCUUUCCGUAUCUAUAAAUGGAGAAACCGGGGAAAAAUAUCGCACACGUGCGCUCGCGUUGAUCGAGUAACAGAAGCGUGUGCUGCACGUUGGCCAAACUAUCUCUCUGCUUCCCUUUUGGUCUCGCCUUUCGACCACCCCCUCUCGCUAUCUACGUCUACGAAGAUUACCUCUCCGAGACCGCUUCUCCUUUUUACUGCCGCCACGUGUGAGAGUUAAGUUACCGUGCUAUCUCGGGCAGACGGGUCCACGAGUCUGCUCGAUGACGACGAUGAUUCUUCGGUUACAGUUCUUCAAAACUCCUCUUCUCGCGCCCUUCUUCGUGACCUUUUCCUCGAUUCCUUUUCUUGGAAUCUUGGGCUUUGAUAAACGAGAGGGUAUGCAUUUUUGUAAAAUUUAGAAGGAAAAUGCGAGAACAGAAUCGAAAGAUAAUUUGUAAUCCUCAACGACCGCUUCAAACUUUGAGGCUAUAGAAUCUUUCUGGAAUCUUUCCAUCGAAAAAAAGAUUUUUUUUUCACGCAUAGCUCUUUUCCAAGCAGUCUCUCGACAACUGUUUCUUCCUCAAGUGCACCCUUUGUGAAGACACACGCCACCUCGUUGCACCGCACCCCAAGGCAAAGAGCUGCUCAUUUCUAUUUUCGCGACGCUCCUCGUGAAUACUAUACCUACUUGGAGUUUGUCACAAAAAAAGGAAAGGAAAGGAAAGGAAAGGAAAUACAAAUGAGAAACGUUUUUAGUUACGCGUUCAUAUAUAUAUGUAUAAAAGAUGUCCACCUUUUCUGGGUUAGUAGAUUCUGCAGGAAAAAAGAACUCUGUGUGGGUCUUUCCUGGUAAAUAAACUCUGGUAAAUCGACUAAAGUCGGUGAGCAUUGAAGUUCUUUCAUUGCUAUUGUUGCUGUUUGCGUAGCUACCGCAAUUGUUCUCGAAACCUUACGAUUCUUUGAGAGUAUUAUUCUUAAUAUCGUUAUAUGUCUUUGAUUCCUCUUCGAUUCUUCUUCCCUUCGCGUUUUUAAUUCCCCUUUCCCAUCCUCGUUGCCCUCUCAAUUCAAAUAAUUGUCAUCACGAUUCAAUAUAAGUCGAUCUUGUAGAAGUUCUUCUCGUGAUUAUCACCAUUAAUUACGGAUAAUUAAUCCGUUAAUCCAACUCUAUUUGACCAUGUCGCCAUGUUAUCAAUUACAAUCCGUUCUAAUUAUAUUUAUGCUAAUUACAAUCAACUUCGUAACGUCCACAGAUGUAUCUGCGGUUAUCCAUUUAAUUUUAACAGGUAUAUCUGUUCCACUCGGUCUCGUGUUUCGUCGCGAUAGAAUCGUACAAACGUGUGACCACAGUUACGUCAUUAUUGCUAUAAUGUUACGUAUCACAUAUUGUCUAUCUCAGAUGCGUUGAAUACAGCCUGGUAACCGAGUUUCGAAAAGAAAUCGCUGUUCGAAACUUUGAGAGAAUCGUCCAUCCAGAAGGGAAUUUUAUUUUUCGAAUUUCUCUCUCGUUUCGAUCAAAAUCCCAACAUAGAAUAUUUAAUCUCUCUUAUCUUGCGCGUAUUUGUGCGCAGAUAUCACUUUGGUAAAAAUAAAAUUCUCAAUUAGAUUUAAUUCGAAAAGGUAAAGGGUUGAUUUUUAAAAAUGUUAUCGCAAGGAGAAACAACGAUUGUCUCGUCAAUUUUUUUUUUUUUUUAAUCCAUACUGAAGAAGAAUUUACGGCACGAUAAAAACAGGUUAACAAAGAGGUCGGCGUGGAAUUUCUUUCAAAUUGCUUUCAAUUGGCGAGACAUUAGUCAGCCUUGACGUUGCACAUACGGCGCCAUAUCGAUAACAAUGUUACACGAACAACACUUUACGUAUUGCGUAAUAUUUUAAGUAUCUUCCUUUUGUGUCUUGCCCGUUGCAAUUUCUCGAAAAAAGAAAAGAUUCCUUGCCGCCAACACAGUCUAAUUAGUUUUCAUUGGAAUUCCUUUUAUCUUAUUUUCUUGGCUACGCGUUGUUUACCGUUGACGAUGAAAAAUUGGAACGACGAGCAACACGUUUUAUCCGGAUAAAUAUCGUACUCAUGAUAGGAAAUAGAUAAUAGCUACUGCGUAGGUGUAAUCGUAGGAGAAAUAAUAGAUUAAUUUUGUAGUUUUAAUUAGCGUUACGAGAAGAAUGAAUCUGUGUUAAUUAAAUGUUGAUUAAAGGGCGAGUUUUUCGUUAUUGGCUCGAUCCAAGGGUUAUAUGGGGAGGUUGUUGAAUUUUUAAUUUAAUUUGAUUAGAGGAGAGAAGGUGAUGACGUGCAUUUUGUUCUACGAUCUAGAAAGUUUAAAAAUAGUUAGGGAAAUAAAUAAUUGGAUAGUUGCGUGAAUUUUAAAACUUGAUUGGGAAAGUUUGAUAGUGAGAAGGAAUAAUUCUUGAUGAUCAAGAAGCUGGUAUUGGAUGUUUAAUUUAUCUUUGCAGUAAUUUUGGAAAAAUAUAAAUCGCUUUAUUUUUAGACACUUAUUUAUUAUCUUUCGAUAAAAUUAAAAAAGAAAAGGAAUUGGAAGAAUUUUUAAUAGAAUUAUCAAUCAAGUACUACUAUUAAUUUUAUCUCUAUAAUUUUUGUUACUUUCGUGUCAAACGAAUAGUAACAUUAUCUAUUCUUGAUUUCUAGAUUUCAAGAAAGGUAUGCACAUAUCAGAUAUCGAUCGUCAAACAUCAAAAAAGAGAAAAACACGGCGUAUUUCAGAUGCAAAAUUUCCACCGCGAAAACGGAAACGAUAUCUUCCAGAUAUUUUAAUCCUCUUAGAAAGUCAAAUUUUUGGCAAGCUUCCCAAAAUUUCGAUCCUCUUUUUUUUCAACGAUUUGGUGCGCCAUCAUCCUCGGUGUUGGUGGUACACGCACACGACCGUAAAAUUCCUUCGAGAUACGCGUUGUUCGCGUUCAUCCUUUCCGCUUCUUCCUUUAGGAUCCAUCCCCGCCCAAAGUCUUCCGGUUCGGGAGAUCUAUCGCGACUUUCAUAAAAGCGAGAAAUCGCAAAAAUUUUUGCCACGCUCGUCGUAAUAUUUUAUCCUGUUCGAGAACGAAAAAUUGAAAGGAAUGGAAUGCAUAAUUCGAUAGUUUUGUACGGGAAUUAUUCAUGCUGAUCGAAUGAUUCGAAGUGAGAGAAAUUAAUGAGAAAGGGAUAUUUUUUUUAUAUCUUUCAUCUCUGAAUUAAAAAUUAAUUCUGGACAUUUAAUAAUGCAUUUGAAGAAGAAAGAAAAUAUAAUCUCGAGACUAAAUUUAAAGUUUAAAAUUGUUGAAAUUCUUGAGAGAAGGAGGAGAAUAAUCUAAUUUUCUGAGAAUACUGUCCCAUUUUUCUGUCACGUUAUAUAAAUAAAAUAAAGUUUCUCUUCUAUUUAUUAACCAAGAGUAUCCAAGAUAUUUCCAAGAAUAAAAAGAACAAGAAAAAGAGAACAGUCUUCUAAAAACUAACCCUCUAUUGUACAGAAUCCACUUUUACGACCCUCCUUUUGUCUCAAAGCCAACUAACGAUACUUGGUCCAAAAAAUAAAAUAAAAAAAAAAUUAAAAAAAACAAAAAAAAUACGAAGGAGAAACCCAAGAUAAAAUCUGCAUCUCGGCUGUCUUCCAUGAUACUUCUCUUUCCGUGGCCACAAUCAGACAAAAGGGUCAGUGCUCCCCAGUGAAGCGAAGCGCAAUCCGAGUGCGCCUGUAAAGCGAUCUGCAUAGACUACGAGGAGGCCACCUAUGUCGUGGAAUCAAUUUAUGUAACAUUGUUAUGUCCUACUCCAAGUAUAUACACAACGUGUAAUCGAUUGAAGAAAUGUAGCCAGGUAAAAUCACUCGACCCGUUAAGGUUUUACGUAUGUGCUCGAUCGACAAAUUGGCAGAGACUUGAAAAGAACCAAAAUGGAGAUUAAUCGCGAAUUAGUUAGCACGCGAUACGUAUCAUUCCCUCCAUAAUGAUAGAAUUAUGUAAAUCUAAAAUUAAAGCUUAAAAUAUCCGAAUAGUCCGUUGAAUAAUCAAGUUAACCAUCCCACUGUGAAUGCACGUUGAAUCAAAUUACUUGACGUGCACUUUUUUUUGUGUAGGAAGGAAAUUAUGUAAAUUUAAAAUGUAUAUAUAUAUAUAAGCAUAUCGCACAACCGUGACCGUGAUCCUCUUCUCUGAAUUUAAUCUGAUUAUCGUACGUCAUAAAGGCUACCGACUCUGCGUUCGAAGAAUUCUUCGAACCCGUAUCGCCAUCAUAUCUCGAAACGGUCGGUACGAUUGAAUCAACUCGAUAAACUCGAGCCGUUCGAUGGGCCACCCUCGACAGCUUUUCUUUAGUGGCAGACACAACCCACGUGGAUGAUGUUUCACGAUGCAAACAGCUUUGUUUUCAUCAACCGGAGUGUACCGGUGUUAUGCAAACAACACGAUAAAGCAGCGGGCAAACCGUGUGCCAUUCCCUUUCUUUAUUGGCCGGACGUGACCUUACCGACCGAGAUUUUACCGAGACGAAAAAUUAAGGUCGGCGACCAGAAGUAUUCCGACCCUUGCCUCCCGAUGGCUUCUUCGAUCCAGACAGUGUCUGCAAAAAAAUAGGAUUCGUUGCGUGCUCCCUGCCGUCCAUCUUUUCCUUUUGUACAGAACUUUUUUCCCUCACCCCUCUCCACUCUUCUUUCUUCUUCUCUCUCUUCUUUUUUUACAUUUUCUCUCGUUCUCUACCUUGUUCACUUUGUAGGUUAUGUUUGACGAGUAAACGAAGAACGAUCAAAUACUGGGAAAGUAUGAGUAGUGGGAUAAAAGGGGUUUCGGAUCAAUGUAAGUGACUGGGGAUUUCGAAUGUACAACACGCUUGAAAUUGGGAUUAAAUUUUGAAUUUAUGUGUUUGAUUAUAGUCGAUAUAGCGAUGGGUUUGAGAGUGAAGUUCUAGUUAGGGUUAAUUAUUUGAUCGAUUAUUAAAGGUAGUAAAGUUUAACUGGAUGGAAUAUGUUGAUAAUAUAAGCGAUAUAAGAUGAUUUAAUUCGGACGACUAUUCGUGCUACACUCUCAUAAUCUCAUUUACAUAUUCGUAAUGAGAAUUACAGCAAAAAACAAACGUUUAUUUCAUUCUCACCUUAUUAACAGAUUUCACCGCUUUAAAUUACGAAUAAUUAACUGAUUAGUGCAUUAGUUAACCCAAUAACAAUGAGGACACCUGGAGUAAUCGAGUUAUACGACGCAAUAUGGAAACGUUUUAAUUAUCUCGAGAAAAAUAUGGAAGAUCAUUUCCGCUGGCAUCUGUUGCAAGUUACAAUCGCACGUUUUAUCGACGUAAUUGGCGAGAAUUAAAUACCACCUCCCCGUUAAUUAUCCUCAUUACGCAAUCCAUAUCCUCCCUUUUGUGGGGCGGCCAUUCGAUGAUAGGUUCGCGUAAGUUAAUUCUAUUUCGAGAAAUUAUUUCGAAUUACAUAAACCAGCGGAUCGUUUCGUUACAAUAGGCUUGUAUCAAUGAACUCGUUUGUCGUAUAAACACAUGGUCAUAACAUUUAAUACCACCUCUCGAGCGAUGAAUAGGUUAAAAUUGGAAACUGGAUGAUUAUUUUUAACCCUUUUCGUCCAUGUUGGGACGGAUUGGUUAUGCAUUUCUUGUGACAUAAUGCGGAAUAACGAGAUACUAGAUCAAAUUGAAGCAAUAUGUAGCAAAUAUGUGUAUAAAUUUGUGCACGGUUGAUCGUUUUGGUGUAAGAUUCUUUAUUAUUAGAUAAAUUAUGCAUUGCUCGACAGACUGUUUUUUGUAUAAAUUUUUCCAAUUUUAGAUUUAUAUUUAAAUAUUGACGUUGAAUUCAAUCCUGUUUCAAAAAGGACUUCCUCUUUAUUAUUGGAAACGCGAUGAGAUUGAUACAUUCGAAAUUACAGAUCUAUAUAAAUUGUAAAAAAAUAGGAAGGUUUCUGCGUUUACUAUUCAAAUUCAACCUGUUGAAUCUGUCUCGUUCGAAAAUUUAUUCUGGCGAGAAAUUUAAAAAUUCUGCGAGAAUUCUUUAAUCUCUUAUUUGAAUAAUAGUAAUUCAUUACUAUAAUAAAUAUAAUAUUAAAAAAUUUUAAUAUUAUUUAUAAAUAACGACAUAUAUUUGAACUGAUACAAUUUUUUUUUUUAAUUCAACAUCUUGUGUAUUAUUUCUGUAAUUCUAUUACGGAAUAUUAACUUCCUCUCAUAAUAUACAAUCAUAAGAAACAUCAUAACCAGUGCUAAUAUUAUCAAAACAAAAUUUAUCUUUCACCACCAUAUUAUUAUUCAAAUUGUAGAGAUAAUAUCUACAAUUUUGUUUAUUGCUCUUUAUCGUGAGAUUACAAAAACCUUUACGUUUAGAAAACUCGAGUUUAUCUAAACCCGAAUUAUUUAUUUAAAUAAUUUAUUUUACUCCUCAAUUCUCCCAAUCCUCAUCCCCAUAUUACAAUGUUUUAAUCACAAAUUCAAAAAAGAAAAAAAUAAAUUAUUCUCCAACCAAAGAAUUCAUCCCCUGGCUCUCUCGAUUGUGCACGGUCGAAGCAUCGGAAGAUUAAGGGAUCGAACAUAAUGAUGAGGCCAUCCAUCAUCACGACCCUAUCUAUUCGACACUAUUUACCCGGUUUAUUUUGAGAAACAAUUACCGGCCGGUUUUUCCUUUAUCAUCGGCGCUCGGGAUGGCAACGUGAUGUCUACACGUGUAUCGAUCCGGUUAAUUAUAAACCGCGGCCUUUUAGCGUCCGUUAUUUUCGUGUAAUUGCGACGCAGCGUAGUGGCCGAUCCUAUCGAGGGGAAACAUUGAAUUAAUUUUGUUGCGUUCGAGGUUAUUCGCGGCUCGUGAAAGUGCUCGCCACGAUCGGGUUGUGCAAGAUGACCUGUCCAUGCGGUUAUCGAUCGCCUCUAAAUUGUGACACGUGUUGUAAUUAGUUACAACCUUCGUCUCCUUUUUACGGGUUGACUGACUUUUUUGGGUAAAACGCCGUGGACCGUGAAAUGAAACGUAACGGGAGAAAAGUGGUUGGAUAUAUGUAUAUAUAAUCCUUCUCUUUUCGAGAUCUGAAGAUUUUCUUUUUUGUCCAAGUCUUUAAGCUUGAGAGAUUUAACGGUUAAUUUGUGGAUUGGGGGACGAGAAGAUAAUUCGAGAGGGAGUCAUUAUUUUAAAAUUUGAUUCUUGAAUCUCUUUCCUUCGUCGUGUAAAAAUAUCAAUCGUCAAUUUCAAUAAUUACACUCAACUAUUCACUAUUAUGAAUCAACCUUUUUUGUUAGUUAAUUUAGUAGGUUUAAUUCGAAUUAUUCUCAGAUUGAGAAAUAAAAUAAUCCUACUUAAAUUUCUAUUGUACCAAUAUUGGUGUAUUAUCUGGAAGUAUAUUCAAAUACUAAAAAUUAUAUUUUGGGGUUUUUCAAGAUCAGGAAUGGGAUGAACUCACCCUUGAGAUGGUCAAUCUCAAAGUCACCUUCCUUCACUCGCAGGUAUGUCCCGGAGACAGGACAUGAAAAUUAUCAGCCACUUGGUAAUAUCUGUCCGAGACCUUUUUCUUUUUAUGACUUUAUGAUGAUAUAUUGCCGAUCUAAAUUGGAAAACUUUCUCCAAGGGUUUUAGAAAAAAUACAAAAUUCCAAGAAUUAUACCUGGCACAUAACUGCACCUGUCGUUUGUCCUCACGUACAGCUCAAACAGCCACGCCUCGAAGACAUUAUUCUUCGAAGAAGCUCGAGAAAAAUAUUUUUUCAAUCCUAUUACCUUAAGUAUCGAGACACUUUUAUUCACGUCCCUCUGCAAUUGCUGAGGACCGGUCGAGGAAAUUUUUAUGACCCUCUAUUUAACGAUAUUGUUGCAGGUAUAUUCAUAAAGCACGUAUACACACCGAUCGGCCCGGUGUAUAUCGGCAUUAAAAUCGACUCUCUGUUAAACAAGACGACCCGGUUAAAAAUAAGAAACCAGUUCAACAGGUUUUCAAAACCGCCGUCGCGGUGAAUUUCACGCCGGGGCGACAAAACGAUUCGUUUCGAUUCGGCCUUGUUGUUGCAUCGAUUGGUCAAUGUAAUCACCGCAUCUUGUGCAGAGUUUACUCGAAAAUAUUCUUGGCUUUUGCUUUUUGCUAUUAUUGAAACGCGUAGACCUUCACGACCCUCGCUUCAGUCAAGUUCACUUCAUCUGCUAUUAUAAAUUAAAGCGAGUGAAAGCGAUUUCAUAACGUGUUCACGUUGUUCACGCUCGCAUGUUGCUUCAAACGAUCGCUAUUCUAUGGAAUGACGUCACGAAGGAAUGCAGAGCUCUGAUUGGUCGACUGACGACGAAGUGAAGCGUCACGGUCGAAGUGGUAGGGAAAGAGCGCGCGCGACGGGCAGUGAAAGAGGGGCGACUGCGUGAGGAGGGCAAAGCUGUCUCGGCGCUGUGCUAUUUUCAUCACCGCGCUACUGCUGGCCCAGAUUCGAUGCGACCGUCACAACGUGAACGUGAUAUUCGAUUUAUCCGUGAGUUCGGUGGGCCUUUCGGCUCUUACAUCGUCUACGACCGUCCGUAAAAUCUGAAAAGAAUUCGACUUCGACGUGCUGCUUGACCACGCGCCAACUCAGUGUGCGCGCGCCAAUCUCGAAAUCUCGAGACGCGAGCUGAGUGGUUGUUAUACAUCGUGAAGUUGGUGGAAGUUCGUCGAACAUCGUUAACUCGUCCGUCUAUCCUUUUUCUUCUCUCUUCCCCCUUCUUUCUCUUUCCUAUACGUGGACUCGUCGAGAGAGAGCGUGUUUUUAUGACCUGCUACAGAAUCUUCGCGAAGUGAAAUCGUGUAUAACACACAGUGUUCGCUACGGAGUGUGUGUAAGAUGUGACUUCACUGUGCGACGUGCAACUUCACGUCCCCAUUGUAAUAUCAUAUUUCGUCUUUUACUUGGUGUAUGCACCAGGGAACCAGGACUUGAAUACACCUGCUUACCGUGGCGAGGUUGGUUUGGAUCGUCAAAUGACCUCAAGUUUCCUGGUGAGUGCAUCCUCACAUACAUGGAGUUUCAGCUGGAUAGUGCAGAAUACUGCCAGGCUCAACACAAGUAGAGAGACACGCCCAAAUACCCUAGAAUUUGCUAGGUACUAUUAAAAAAGAAAAGGAAAAAACAUCUUAAUCAGGCAAAAAAAAUUUUUAUAAUAUUGGGAUCAUUGCCUCAAAGUCAGAAAAUCAUCAGCUAGUCAUCACGCAAAACAUAGAAGAAUUAAAUAGAAUCAAUUGUUAAUUUACAAUAUUAAAUGCAAGCAUUGUAGUUACUGAGCGCACCUGAUCCAGGCGCACCCAGUGCCAAAUAGAUUAUCUUCCGAAUCAUAGUCAAGGAUCCCAAGUGGGAAUCAAUCGCAUAUCAACAACGCCUAAUGUAACGUAGCCCUCACCCCUUCAGUGAAAUUUGCACCUUAACAACCCUUCUCGAGGUCUACAUGUAAACCCAUUGUUCUGUCCUCUGUAAAAAAAUAACAAAGUAUUCAAUUAGUUAAAUGAGAAAUAACUUUAUAAGACUGACAUCUAUGGGCUAAGUUGUCAAAUUCAGCCUUUGUUGCUUGAUAGUGUGGCAAAAAUUGCAAAAAUAAAGAGAAACAGUGUCGUACAAAAUUAUUAAAAACAUUAAAGUUAAAACGAUAAAAAAGUAGGAGUUUUACACCACUUGUUGUCCAAAAGGAAAUGAGCAACAUGAGGGUGAAGGAUAUCAGACCGGAGCCCGCCGAGAUCGAAUACAAAAACAUGAAGUUCCUCAUUACUGAUCGGCCCAAUGAUCAGACCAUUCAUACUUUUAUUCAAGUAUG